AUGGAGUUCACGGCGUCGCCCAAGCCCCAGCUCUCCUCUCGAGCCAAUGCCUUCUCCAUCGCCGCGCUCAUGUCCAGCGGUGGCCCCAAGGAGAAGGAGGCAGCAGAAAACACCAUCAAACCCCUGGAACAAUUCGUGGAGAAGUCGUCCUGCGCCCAGCCCCUGGGUGAGCUCACCAGCCUGGAUGCUCACGCGGAGUUCGGCAGCGGGGGCGGCAGCCCUUCCUCAUCCUCUCUCUGCACAGAGCCACUGAUCCCCACCACCCCCAUCAUCCCCAGCGAGGAGAUGGCUAAAAUCGCCUGCAGCUUGGAAACGAAGGAGCUCUGGGACAAAUUCCAUGAACUGGGCACAGAGAUGAUCAUCACCAAGUCCGGAAGGAGGAUGUUCCCGACGAUCCGCGUGUCAUUUUCUGGAGUGGAUCCUGAGGCCAAGUACAUAGUCCUGAUGGACAUCGUCCCGGUGGACAACAAGAGGUAUCGCUACGCCUACCACCGGUCCUCAUGGCUGGUAGCCGGCAAGGCUGACCCUCCCUUGCCAGCCAGGCUCUAUGUGCACCCAGACUCCCCCUUUACUGGUGAGCAGCUCCUCAAACAGAUGGUGUCUUUUGAAAAGGUGAAACUCACCAACAACGAACUCGAUCAACAUGGCCAUAUAAUUUUGAAUUCAAUGCAUAAGUACCAGCCGCGGGUGCACAUCAUAAAGAAGAAAGACCACACAGCUUCCCUGCUCAAUCUGAAGUCGGAAGAAUUCAGAACAUUCAUCUUUCCAGAGACAGUCUUCACAGCGGUCACGGCCUACCAGAACCAGCUGAUAACCAAGCUGAAAAUAGACAGCAAUCCGUUUGCCAAAGGAUUCCGGGACUCCUCCAGGCUCACUGACAUUGAGAGGGAGAGUGUGGAGAGCCUGAUCCAGAAGCAUUCCUAUGCCCGCUCACCCAUCCGCACCUAUGGAGAAGAGGACGUACUGGGGGAGGAGAGCCAAACAACUCCAAAUCGAGGAUCAGCCUUUACAACAUCUGACAAUUUGUCUCUCAGUUCCUGGGUGUCAUCGUCUUCCAGUUUUCCUGGAUUUCAACAUCCACAGACCCUGACUGCUCUUGGCACCAGCACAGCGUCCAUAGCAACACCCAUUCCUCACCCUAUACAGGGUUCUCUGCCACCGUAUAGCCGUCUGGGAAUGCCUCUGACCCCAUCUGCCAUUGCCAGCUCCAUGCAGGGAAGUGGUCCCACAUUCCCUUCAUUCCACAUGCCUCGAUACCAUCACUACUUUCAGCAGGGGCCCUAUGCAGCCAUCCAAGGACUACGCCACUCCUCUGCGGUGAUGACACCGUUUGUAUGA